CUUGAUUGUCUCUACCUAUCCACCUGUUCUCGCUGCUUGACCAACCCUAUGAGCCCCCUUAGCCCUCACACACAUGAUCCGUCGAGAUUUGCAGCGUGCGCGCCGGACAGUCAAAUCCCGUGCUGGAUGUGCACGGUGCAAGCAACGUCGAAUCAAAUGCGACGAGGGAAGGCCUUCUUGUCUGGCGUGCUCCAGCAGGGGAUAUGAUUGCCCGGGAUACCAGAAGGCCGUCAAAUGGUUGGCGAAGUAUGAAUUACGCGAGUCGAAUUCCUAUGCGCUGAGCGUGCAUCCGUCGGCAAAUGGCCCCGGAACUGGACCCUCUAUGAGCUGGUUUCUGGAGCCUGCAGAGAAACUGCGUACCGCUCUGCAAAGCCAUCCUCCGCCCGUGCUGAACCAAACCUCAUCUAGUGAAAGCCCCUCUGCUCGUCAUGUUCAUGGGGAGUGCGACUAUUCAUCUGCGGGCCAGCUAUACCUUGAUAUCUCUGAGGGACUGCGGGAACGGCCGAACAGCCAGGUUCCUGGCGGCCACGAUGCCCACAACCAAUUCGACGGAGAUGACUACACGUGUGUCUUGGAUAACUCCUUGCCAGGCCAGAGCUUAGAUUUCACCCCACGUCAUAUCUGCUGUGGCAAUGGGGAUGCGCGAGGAGAUAAUGAAAUCGAUUUGCCUGAUCCCUGCCCUCUAGCAGACACCUGCACGAUAUUACGGGCAUAUUAUCUUUAUCACACAUGUCGUAUCCUCUCCGGGUUUGACUCGCCUACAAACCCUUUGCGCGAGUGGGCUUCCAAGCUCUCAACACAAAAUGAAGUGGUCCAUUCCUGCGUCCUGUCAAUAUCGGCCGCCCAUAUUUCACAGCAGGGGCACGGAACCAGUACACUGGCAUUGGGCCAUCACACGCGUGCACUCUCGAGCCUCGCGACCUCGGUAGCGAGCUUAGAUGGUGCGCUGCUCGAGUCAACUGUACCGGAUACUGAGAGGAAGUCAGUCGCAAGAAGGAGUGAAUCCAUGACUGCAUUGCUCUUUGGUAUUACCAUAUUCGGCAUGACGGCGUCUUGGCAUGAUUCCUCGUCGCUUGGAAUCCAACACCUGCAGGCGGCACGGGCGAUCUUCCGAGCAUUAUACUCACACUCAGGCCUAUGCCUCGGGGUCAGCGCACGAGGGCUUGGCGUCCUCCACGACUCUUCGAUCCCAGCCCAUCCACUCCCCGCGCAUGCUAGCGGUGCGGCUGCUCCGCAGCACUUCUUCGUCGGCGCGUUGGCCUAUUGGGAAGCCCUGACAUCGUUCGUCGUGGACCAAGAAGACCUCGAGGGGGCCGAGUACCUACUCGCCUCUCGGCCGCGUGUGAGCCAUCAAGGUGCAACUCGAGGGAUGCUUAAAGAUCCCCAUCCUUGGAGCGGAAUCUCGCCGGAGCUGUUUAUUUACCUCUCCGAAAUCGGUGCGAUCGCCAGACGAUUUCAUUAUCUCCGCAGGGAUCGGUCAACCUAUAUGGCAGCACGCGGAGGAGGCUCGGCUGCGUUCCAACUUCAGGCGCAGCGUAAUGAUCUGCGCUCACAUGCCGGGCGACUCAAAGUAUUGGUAUCGCAGUACCGGGUUCCACCUCCUGAAGCUGUGCGGGGAACCGGUGACGCACUUGCGCCCGCCGCCCAUUUCCGCACCCUGGCGAGAGUGUACCAGCUUUCAGCCCUGUUGGAACUCUAUAGAAUGUUCCCUGAGUUGGAGCAGCAGGAUGAUCCUGCGUCUGGGCCGUGGCUGUCUCCGCAUGAGGCUGCCUUGGAGGAGGGUGUGAAUCACGAGCACCGACGAAGACAAUUGCAUGCGCGGGCGGUUGGCAUUCUGUCGUUGAUUGCCUCUAUCCCCGAGACCUCGAGCACGCGGGCAACUCAGAUGCUGGCUCUCGUCAUUGCUGGGAGCACCCUGCAGCCGUUGCCGGUCAAUGAUGGCGUGGACCUAUUGUCUUCAGGGAGAACGUCAGGAGCUGGUGCAGGAGGAGCUAUCACGCCACCGUCUUACGCUACUCCGACUACUAUGGGUAGUACUGCACAAGCGGACAUCCAACAUUGGCGAGCGUUUGUGGCCGAUCGGCUUCGGAAUCUAGCUUGCUACGUCGGCCUGGCGACCGUGCAACAGGCAGCCAGAAUCGUGGAAGAAUCCUGGGCUCGAGCAGACCGCCAGGCGGCCGUAGGGUUGGUCGGGCACGGGGCGGCGCGAGUCAUGUCUCAGCGGGGUCUGGUUGUACAUUGGAUCGACGUGAUGAUCGAGUGUGGGCUGGAGACUAUCUUGGGCUAGAAGUCAAAUUGCGAUUCGGAGGUGACACACCUCGUUGGUAGGGAGGGUUACGUUGCCCAUCCUCCUCGCAGGCUAAUGCUUCAGGAUUGAAACUUGCUCACUGUGUUUUGAUGGGAUUCGUGGAAGGUUUCAUUUCACUUCUCACAAUUAAGCUCAAGAACCGCAGCGAACAAU